GUCUGACGUCAGCAGUCCUCCGGUCCCACACCGGCGCCCGGUGCUCGGUGUCUGUCCGCCUCGCGCAGCCCGCUGAGCCCGGUCACGCAACGCCGCACGCACCCGCAAAACCCGCCGCGCGCCGCUCCGCGUCGAUCCGCGUCGAUCCGCCGCCUCGCGAAGGAUCGUUUGCUCCUUUUCAGACACUUCCGCCUCAUCGCCCGGGAGUUUUUUAAUUAUUUUGAUUUCAUUGGUCGGGCCUCACGCGACGGAGAAGAUGUCCCGACAUCCCGUCCCGCGCCUCGCGCCCUCUGGGCUCGUGCCCGCUGCGGCCACCACGCACGGAGUUCUGAAGUCUCUGCUGGAGAACCCGAUGAAGCUGCCGCUGCGUCAUGAAGCCUUCAGCAAGGAGCAGGAGAAGGAGAAGAACCUGGAGGAGGAGCGCAGCGCCCCCCAGUCGGCCUUUCUGGGCCCCACGCUGUGGGACAAGACGCUGCCCUACGACGGAGACGCCUUCCAGCUGGAGUACAUGGACCUGGAGGAGUUCCUGUCCGAGAACGGCAUCUCCUCCAGCGCGUCACAAGAGCACCGCCCCCUGAGGCCGCCGCCAGGCACCUCCCAAGCCCCGCCCACGCCCUCGGUGAUGGACCUCAGCAGCCACGCCUCCACCUCUGUGGUCUCUGUCAACUGCCUCCAUGGCGGCCGGGCGAGAGCCGGCCUGCCGGGCUCCAGAAGGCCACCCAGCUCCGUGGACCCGGACUCGGUCCAGGUUCUGGUGGGGUUCGAGCCCGACCCGGCCGACCUGGCUCUGUCCAGCGUUCCCGGUCAGGAGAUGUUUGACCCGCGCAAACACAAGUUCUCCGCCGAGGAGCUGAAGCCGCAGCCAAUGAUCAAGAAGGCCCGAAAGGUCUUCAUCCCCGAGGGCCUGAAGCAGGACGACAAAUACUGGGCCAGACGCAGGAAGAACAACGUGGCGGCCAAGAGGUCCCGGGACGCCCGGCGGCUCAAGGAGAACCAGAUCGCCAUCCGGGCCGCCUUCCUGGAGAAGGAGAACUCGGCGUUGAGGCAGGAGGCGGCCGAGCUGAGGAGAGAGCUGGGACGCGCCAUGAGCGUCCUGUCAAAGUACGAGGGCCAACACGGGGCCCUUUGAGGACACAUCAGCAACAUCGCUCCCCGGGUCCCCCAGCGACCUCCCCCUCCCCGGGUCCCGCAGCGACCUCCCCCUCCCCCUCUCGGAGAUCUUCAAGCUGCUGGGACUACUUUCAGCAGCGGAUUAAUCCACAAAACCGCCCCACGUCUUUUCACCUCGGGACUGUUCGCUACAAGGACACACCCGAUUGCACGUCCGGCUGUGACUCCUCCCACCUUUUGCCUCUGGCCCCGCCCCUCCCCCAGUAUACCCUGUAAAGGCACUUUAAAACCACUGAAGCCUCCCUCUGCCAAAUGCCCCCCCCUCCCUCUAGACUCCGCCCCUAGUCUGCAGGUGUUAUUCCCACAAUGCACCUGUUCACUCAGAUUGCAUUACUCAUUGAGCUCUGUUGAGAAAAGAUCCUUUUAGUAUAUGAAAAGAAUGUAAAAUGAUAUAUUUGUGUCUUUUGUGCAGGCAAGAUCCAGCUUUUUGUAAUUUGCUAAAACAGAAAAAUCUAAAAUUUCUUAUUUCUUGAUUCAAAAUAACAUCAACUCUUCUAAAAUAUGGAAUUUGUAUCACACUUUUUGACUCAUAGCUAAUAACUAUUAUAAUUGCAAUGUAUAAAUACAUUUUUUAUCAAAAUGUACACAUGAAGGCAAAUAUAAUGAGUUUUUUUAAUGAAUCGAUAACCGUAUCCGUAGUAUUUUGUUUUUUACUGUAAACGGUUUGUUCUCACCAAAGAGCUGAGGGGCCACAGGUGCAUUCUGGGAGGGCUGUGCGUCACCGGCGUUUAUGAAACAACAGAAAGGCUUUUAGUCUUAAACAAUGAAUGUAGAUGACGAUCAUAUUUUAUAAUGUAAAGUUUGAGUAGACUUCAAUCAAUAAAUAAAAAAGUUAUUGGUUUGUUGCCAACUGU